GAUUGGAUGCGAUAAUGUGCAGGGAUCAAAAGCAAAAAGGAAAAAUGGGGCUGACAUUCACAAAGCUGUUUAGCAGGCUUUUUGCUAAGAAGGAGAUGCGUAUUCUGAUGGUUGGUCUGGAUGCUGCUGGUAAGACCACCAUUCUGUACAAGCUCAAGCUUGGAGAGAUUGUCACUACCAUUCCUACAAUCGGUUUUAAUGUUGAGACCGUUGAGUACAAGAACAUCAGUUUCACUGUUUGGGAUGUUGGUGGUCAGGACAAGAUUCGUCCAUUGUGGAGGCACUAUUUCCAAAACACGCAGGGUCUCAUAUUUGUUGUGGAUAGCAAUGACAGGGACCGUGUUGUGGAGGCAAGAGAUGAGUUGCAUAGGAUGUUGAAUGAGGAUGAGCUAAGAGAUGCAGUAUUACUUGUAUUUGCCAACAAACAAGAUCUUCCUAAUGCUAUGAACGCUGCUGAAAUAACUGACAAGCUCGGGCUCCACUCACUCAGGCAACGUCACUGGUACAUACAGAGUACCUGUGCUACAUCUGGGGAAGGCCUUUACGAGGGGCUCGAUUGGCUCUCCAAUAAUAUCGCUAACAAGGCAUAAAGUUAUAUGAAGUUUUUGUGAGUCGAUGCUUAUUAGUCCCGGCAGCCGGGUUCUUAUCUAGCCUUAUACAUUUAGUCUGUGUGUUUAUGGAUAUUCAUUUUCAAGUCGUCUUGUUUUGUUCACGACAGCUUUAACCAAUGUAUAUCACAAUGAUGGUUUGUUUUAUGCAUUUGCAAAUAUUUUUCUAGUAUUAA